UCACGUCGUCAUUUCCGCUAGAGAACUCACGCUCUAACGUGACAUGAACCGGAGCUUUUUGUUUUCCCAAUGGUAUGGAGAUAUUUACCAGAUGACCUACUGCUUCUCAAAGUGACAUUUGCUCUGCUGUAAACCGAGGCCUGCAGUAUUAAAGCACUGGUCUGUCAGCAUUUUAAAAGGCAGAAUGAGCAGCUUGGAUCGAGACCAGUAUCUUCAUCUUGGUUGCCGUGACAAAAUAACAGACUCCAGUUCCUCACCAGACGCUCGUCCGCCAGCCAAACACCCUCUCCACGGUUUACAAUUGGCAUCACAUGCAGUGCUGGAGAGGGCGCAGCAGAGGGGCAGAUUGAAGUGCUCUAAAUGUGGAGGAUCAAGGAUGUUUUUCUGCUACACAUGCUGCUCAUUAUUGGGUGUCGGCCUACAAGAAAUUCCCUCAGUCAAGCUUCCUGUGAAGAUUGACAUCAUAAAGCAUCCUAAUGAGACCGAUGGCAAAAGUACUGCGGUCCACGCCAAGCUGCUCGCGCCUAAUGAUGUCAGUUUAUACAAGUAUCCCUGUAUACCGGACUAUGACAAGGACAAGGUGGUAUUGCUGUUCCCUGGUCCAGGGGCCGUCUCGGUUCAAGAUAUGAUGCAAUGUUUGCUUGACAGGCAUGACAGCAGGUCACAUGACUCAAGUGAACCCCGCGUAAAGAGGCUCAAAACUGAGGGAGUUCAAGGUAGAGCAGGCACGGCAAAGAGACCAGAAACAGAUACUCCAGAUGAAGGAGAGGACCCUGAGUCAAGGUUGUUUCCCCUCCAGAGGGUGGUGUUCAUCGACAGCACGUGGAACCAGACCAAAAAGAUCAGCUCAGAUGAAAGGCUGCAAGGUCUGCUCCAGGUAGAACUGAAGAGCAGGAAAACAUGUUUUUGGCGCCACCAAAAGGGCAAACCUGACACUUAUCUUGCUACCAUCGAGGCCAUUUAUUAUUUCCUGAAGGACCUUCAUGAACAUUGCCUUGCUCAGGAGUACAAGGGAGAUUAUGACAAUCUCCUCUUCUUCUACUCCUUCCUGCAUUCUGUCGUCAACAAAUCAAUUUCUGAAGGAAAAUCCUGGAAAGAAAACAAUGUGGGAGAAACAGGACCUGAGUCACAGGACGCUGCGGUGAACAAAGGCUGAAAAGGAAUCAGACAGAGAGACUUUUCAUCUUAGGGAUGUUAAAAUGAUCAGUUUGAUGAAAAUAUGAGGCCUACAAAAUGUUUUUUUUGUUUUGUUUUUUUUAAAUAUUUUAUUUACAAAUCAGUGCACAUUUACUUUAUGUCCUUUUUUUUUAAACAUCAGGAGAAAAAAAACAUUUCCUGAUUCGUGACAAUUCACUUGUCCUAGACCCAAUAAAUCUGUUCUCCAAACAACU